AUGGCAAUCGGAGACGUUAAAUCUGCACAAGGUCUCAAUGAAUUGAACCAAUAUUUGGCAGAAAGGAGCUACAUAUCUGGAUAUGUGCCCUCUCAAGCCGAUGUUCAAGUUUUCGAGGAAGUAGGCAAGGCGCCGGCCGCUAGCCUGCCCCACGCCCUCCGUUGGUACAACCACAUCGCCUCAUAUUCUUCAGCAGAGCGUAAGGCCUGGGCUGAUGGAGUGAGCCCUCUCAGCGCCGGUGCUAAGCCCACAGCACCCGCAGCCGCCAAGAAAGAUGAUGAUGACGAUGACAUCGAUCUCUUCGGCUCCGGUGAUGAAGAAGAGGACGCAGAGGCAGCAAGAGUUCGUGAGGAACGUCUGAAGGCGUAUGCUGACAAAAAAUCAAAGAAACCCACCCUUAUUGCUAAGUCAUCUAUAAUCCUUGAUGUCAAACCAUGGGAUGAUGAAACUGACAUGGCUGAAAUGGAAAAACAAGUCAGAACCAUUGAAAUGGAUGGUCUCUUAUGGGGAGCCUCCAAACUGGUACCAGUUGGCUACGGUAUCAAUAAACUACAAAUCAUGUGCGUCAUUGAAGAUGACAAGGUUUCUGUUGACCUUCUAACAGAGAAAAUCCAAGAAUUUGAAGAUUUCGUCCAGUCUGUAGACAUUGCUGCCUUCAAUAAAAUCUAA